AUGCUGGGCGUCUGGUCAGUUUUGUCUGUGGUAUUUUUAAAUUUCUAUACCACAGAAUGUGCGAAAAUACUCGGAGUAUUCCCUACACCGUCCAUAAGUCAUCAGGUCGUGUUUCGGCCUCUGAUUCACGAGUUGGCGAAGCGAGGACACGAGGUCAUUGUAAUUACACCAGAUCCGGCAUUCCCUAAGGGCCAAGCCCCUGCUAAUUUAACUGAAAUAGACGUCCACGACAUAUCCUACAAGAACUGGGAGGACUUACUUAACUCACACAAUGGAAAGAAGGAAGAUAUAAGAGAACAGGUCAUCAAUUUGAUCGAGAAGUUCACGUCCACGUUCGAAAAGCAAAUAAAUACGCCCGAAGUGAAACGUAUUUUGACGGAAGAGAGGUAUUCGUUCGAUUUGAUAAUUUCAGAAGCGAGCGUUCGGAUGAUACUUGGACUCGCACAUUGGCUAAAGACACCGAUCGUCCAGAUCAGUUCUUUUGGAACAACCCCAGUACAUUAUGGACUACUAGGCGCUACUACUCAUCCUCUUCUCUACCCCUCACCAAUAACCGAGAGGUUAUAUAACAUGACUCUAUGGGAAAAGGGCUGGGAGCUAUUUAAACAUUUCGCUUUCGAACAUUUAUUACUGAUCACUGAAGAAUCAGAUCAUAAAGUAGCAAGGAGAAAUUUUGGUGAAGAUCUACCGAGCUUUGACAAUCUAUUCCGUGAAUAUGUUCAAAUGCUGUUUCUUAAUGAGCAUCAGAUCUGGGCUCACAACCAUCCAGUGCCACCAAACAUUGUUUACGUUGGAGGUAUUCACCAAACACCUACUACGGAACUUCCAAAGGAUCUCAAAACGUUCUUGGACACUUCAAGGAAUGGAGUUAUAUACACAAGUUUUGGUACUAAUGUUAAGCCAGCCAAUCUACCAAGGGAGAAAGUUCAAAUGAUGUUAACAGUAUUUUCAAAACUCCCUUAUGAUGUUCUAUUGAAAUGGGAUGAGGACAUGUCUGAAAAACCGAGUAAUGUUAAAACAGCUAAAUGGUUACCGCAAGCUCAACUUCUAAAACAUCCAAAUGUGAAACUGUUCAUAACUCAAGGUGGUCUUCAGUCAACUGAUGAACUGAUAAAUGCUGCGGUCCCAGUGAUAGGUAUUCCGAUGUUAGGAGACCAAUGGUAUAACACCGAAAAAUAUGUUCAUCACAAAAUUGGCCAGCAACUCGAUAUACAUCAGCUUACAGAAGAAAAGUUUGCUAACGCAAUAAAAACUGUAAUUGAGGAUAAGAGUUACAAAGAAAAUGUUAUAAGGCUGCAGUCGUUGAUGCGUAAAUUUCCAAUAAAACCGCUAGACUUGGCCGUCUGGUGGACUGAACAUAUCCUGGAAUACGGUGGUAGCCACCUGAGGCCACCGUCAUUCAUGAUGUCGUCAUAUGACUAUUACGAAGUACCCCUCAUCGCAGCUUUACUUGCGACUAGUUGUGUACUUCUGUACAUCGUUGUACUUAUAAUGUUUGCCUUUAAAAGAUUGUUAUCAUAUAUACUCAAAAACAUACGGAUCAAGGUAAAAAAAUUAUAG